ACAUUACUACAGUACUGCACUUGACGCUAAGUCGCUGUUACAGACUACCGACAUCGCCCGUUAACUUGGACUGCUUGGAGAAUUAGAGACUGGUGGAAUACCUCUUCGUCUACCUCAACGUGAAUCGACUGUUCACUUUGUCCGUGAACGUGGAUUGUCCUUGCCGUCAUUGUUCACACAUCGUGCGAUAAGAUGAGCGUCGACAUGGUUGAAGACGGUCAGGGCUCGGAUUUAUAUGAUGAGGAGAAUUCAGGAUAUGGUGGAUGCGAAGGUCCAGAUGCCAUGUAUGUCAAGCUCAUAUCUAGUGAUGGUCAUGAGUUUAUUGUCAAACGGGAGCAUGCCUUGAUGUCAGGCACAAUAAAAGCUAUGUUAAGUGGCCCCGGCCAGUUUUCAGAAAAUGAAACAAAUGAAAUCCACUUCAGAGAAAUACCUUCUCACGUUUUACAAAAGGUGUGUAUGUACUUCACAUAUAAAGCUCGUUAUACAAACAGCUCAACUGAAAUUCCUGAGUUUCCUAUUCCACCACAAAUUGCUUUAGAACUUCUGAUGGCAGCUAAUUUUUUGGAUUGUUAAUGCUAAGUAAUAAAAACAGAUAUUUAAAAAUUAUUAUAAUUACAAAAUUUAAACAAUCUAAGCUUUUAAAACAUUCUUGCCUUGAUAAUUAUUGGAAUAGUAAAUAAUAAUUUGUAAUUAAUAUUAUUUAUUGUAUCUAUAAAUUAUAAUGUGGGCAUAGAUAUCCAAUAUAUAAAUUAAUGGUUUCUUUGUAAACAAUA